AUGCGCGUCUGUGUUGACUCCCGUGAUCACAACAACGCAACGCCUAAGGACAUAUAUCCCAUGCCAAUCGCUGACCUCCUCAUUGACGCGGCAGCAGGACACGUCCUUUCCUUCAUGGAUGGAACAGCUGGAUAUCACCAAAUUCCUGUUGCCGAGGAAGACCGACACAAGACAGCCUUCCGCUGCCCCGAUUUAGCAGGUGUCCGCAAAGUUCAUGUCCUCGGUGACUCUCUAUUGGUCGUCAAUCAGUUGGCCGAGAAGUUCAAAUGCUUAAGUUCAUCCAUCGAGCCAUAUCUACGCAAGACGUUUGCCAUCCUAGACAAGUUCGCUGACGUCUUCAUCGAGCAUAUACCACGCGAGUACAAUUUUACAGCUAUCGAGCUCGCCCAGAUUACGUCCGGACUCAGCCUGCGAGAUGGAGUGCGCGAGCGACUUCUAAAAGUCGAACGCCGCACUCUUUCCUCUUUCAUUGCAAGGGGGCAAUAUCAGGCCGACCUUCCUGAGGUCACCGCCUUAGACCCUAUUGACGAGGACUGGCGGCAACCGUUCAUUGACUACCUCAAAAGCCCACACGACGUUACUCACUCAUGGCAAACGCGUUUCCUCGCUUUGAACUUUGUACUGCGCAACGGCGAGCUCCGUCUGCGCGGCGAGGACGGAAACAACUUCCGCUGCGUGUACGUGAAUGACGCUAAGUGUCUCAUGCGCGAGCAUAAGUUCACUAUCGUGGCCACCGACUUCUUUACCAAAUGGGUCGAGGUGGAGCCGCUCAAAGUCACCUCUGCAGAUUCGAUGUGUAACUUCAUUUUCCGCAACAUCAUAUCCCGCUUUGGUAUUCCCGAAUGCAUCGUUACGGACCGGGGGGCAGCUUUUAUGGCGGAUUCUGUGGUCAAAUUCCUCAACAACUAUGGCAUCAAGCUCCUCCACUCUACACCAUAUUACACACAGUCCAACGGCCAGGCCGAGGCCAGCAAUAAGGUUAUACUUGGCAUUUUGCAAAAGAUGCUAGAAAUAAACCCGUGUGUCUGGCACGAGGAAUUGUACCACACACUUUGGGCUUAUCGUACUUCGAAGCGUGGGCCAACGGAUACCACCCCAUAUGGCCUUAUGUAUGGUCACGACGUCGUCCUUCCCCUCGAGAUUAACAUCGCUUCGCUCCGCGUACAAGAAUAG